GAGAAAGAAAAUUUUAGUUACAAAAAUAGGAACACAUCUUACAUGACAUAUCCAUAAAGGUACAUUUAAUUUUUUGCGAACAUAUUAACUUCAAAAAGGCUAACUUGCUACAGCCCCAAGCCCAUGUAAGAGAAUGGACAUGAGAGAUCCUGUAUAAGAUAAAAAAGAAGGCAAUUAACAGCCAAAGAGGCUCAACAUCUAACCAAUGAGAGGGUGGGGCCAACUGCCAAAGGUACCUGAGUUAGAGAAUUCUUUUAAACCUUUCCCCUCCAGAUCCUCCUGCAUGCAAAGUUUCACAAUGGAGAUACUACAAUAUGGGGAUAAUUACAAGGUACUACAAGUUUCUGGUGCAAACUUUGUUCCAGCCAGUAUACUUUCUCCCACAGGAACUAGUCAAAAAUGGGGUAGCCAAUGUACAUAAGAAAGUAACUAGAAUCAGGAUCACUGAAAGGCAGAAACAUGAUCCCCUGCACAUAAUGCAGGCCACAGUGUCAAGGGAUGCUGUGUAUCUUAGUGCUGCCCCCAAGAGGAGCUCUUUACUUCCACUAGUACAGAAAUGGAAAAAAGUAAACCAUUGCUUUCACAAGGACCAUUCAGAUGGGAAAAGUAUCUUUCUUCUCCCAACACUGCUGACCUGUUUCUGGUACAGCUGGGGAAUAGCACUUUUAUGGCAAAAAGUCACAGAUCAAGCUAAGCAAUGCAUGUUAUGCAUGGUCAACCUCUAACCCUACAUGUUAGUAUUGUACAGAAGAAACUUUUUCUCUUAGCAGUGACUUUAGUCCAUGCUUUCCUUGAGGCAAUGGAAGCAAGGCUGGAGAACAAAAGGCCUAGCUUGAGGCAACACUUGAAAAAUACCUUUAAAAUAUACUUUGUGUUUGAAUGCUAGAAGCAUACCAAGCUUCUAGUCAGCAGAGUUAUUCUGAGCUAGUCAUAUUGUUCUGAAGUUUCUCCUUCUUGCGCCAUGUACAGUUUAUUUAGCCACAUAACCAUCUCUUUUGUUCCCUCUGCCUCAACAUGGCUAGAAUGGCAAAGUAGCCAUGGGAGACUGGAGUUUCCUGGGAGGAAUUUUAGAAGAAGUCCAUAUUCACUCCACCACCAUUGGCAAGGUCUGGCUAACCAUCCUCUUCAUAUUCCGGAUGCUCGUUCUUGGUGUGGCAGCCGAAGAUGUCUGGAAUGAUGAGCAGACUGAAUUCAUUUGCAACACACAGCAACCUGGAUGCAGAAAUGUGUGUUAUGAUCAUGCCUUCCCCAUUUCUCUAAUAAGAUACUGGGUUUUGCAAGUCAUCUUUGUAUCCUCACCUUCCUUGGUGUACAUGGGCCAUGCCUUAUACAGACUAAGGACAUUAGAAAAAGAACGGCAAAAGAAAAAAGCAAAGCUGAGGGCUGAACUGGAGGGAGCUGAAUUUGAAAUGAUUGAGGAUCGUAAAAAAAUAGAGAGGGAACUCCGGCAACUGGAGCAAAGGAAGCUCAACAAGGCACCCCUCCGGGGCUCACUGCUCUGUACUUACGUGAUCCAUAUCGUUAUUAGAUCUAUUCUUGAAACUGGAUUUAUGAUUGGCCAAUACCUUUUGUAUGGAUUUCAGCUAGACCCUCUGUAUAAAUGUCAAACAGCUCCUUGCCCAAACACUGUGGAGUGCUUUGUCUCCAGACCGACGGAAAAGACCGUCUUCCUUGUUUUUAUGCAAGCCAUAGCAACCGUUUCCUUGUGUUUGAACAUCCUGGAGCUCCUGCACCUCGUCUUCAAGAAGACUCGAAAGGGAAUCUGCGGCCAGGACAAAAAGAAAGACGAGGCGGACGAGGCUCACACCGCCGCUGCCAGAAAUGGCGCGGAGCUGCAACUACGUGCCGGGGCGCCGCAGAGGCCCCUGCCUUCCGCCCCGAGCGGAUUCAGCUGGCUCCUGGGAAACCAAACGGAGCUGGCGGCGCUCUGCCAUUCAGAGGACCGCCAAGAGCACCGGGGGCCUGCAUCGCCGCCUCCUCAGAACAGCAGCAGCUCCAACAACAACGAGGCGGCGCUUCAGGGAGCCAAGGAAGAGCAGAGCAGGCCGCCCCACACUCCACCGGCCGCCAGCAGCAAGCGCGCCGCUCCAGACCUCUGCAUCUGA